AUGAAGCUCUGUGUGUCUGCCCUCUCUCUCCUCCUGUUCGUGGCUGCCUUCUGUGAUCCAGCGCUCUCAGCACCAAUGGGCUCUGACCCUCCCACUUCUUGCUGCUUUUCUUACACCUCUUGGAAGCUUCCUCGAAAGUUUGUGACAGAUUACUAUGAGACCAGCAGCCUUUGCUCCAAGCCGGCUGUGGUAUUCCUGACCAGAAGAGACAAGCAAAUCUGCGCUGACCCCAGCGAGCCUUGGGUCAAUGAGUAUGUGAAUGACUUGGAGUUGAACUGA